AUGAACACAGUUUUAAUAGAGAAAAUGAAGAUGUUGGUAGUAUUUAUGUUCAUCCUAGGAUUUAAUUCUAAUUUUGCACAAGGCUACUACAGCGGUGGUGUCGCUCUGACUUUCGAACUAGAGGAUAAAGAGAAAAGCUGUUUUACUGAAACUUUUCUAGGAGGGAAACGUUAUGUGUUCUCAUACCAAGUUAUAAAAGGGGGCAACCAGGAUGUUGACGCAUGGGUUGUUUCACCAAACGGGAAAAUUCUCUAUAAAGAACAACGAAAAGAAGGAGAUGAAUUCACAUUUGAUCCAUCAAAAGGAGAUUUCCAAUUUUGUUUCGGGAAUCAAUUUUCUACAAUAAGUCACAAAACAAUCUUUUUCGAUAUAAGUCCAGAGGAUCCGGAUUCUUUAGCCGUGGAAGCGGGCGAUAAAACACCGAGAGUUCAGACACUAACGGAAAAUGCGUGUGAUGAAAUACAUUAUGCAAUGAGAGGAGUUGUAGAACACCAGAGAGACUAUAGACUUAAAGAGGCCAUCGGUCGCCAUGUAGCCGAGGGACUUAACAACCGAGUAUUUUGGUGGUCUAUAGUACAAGCGUUCAUCUUAUUAGCAAUAGGAUUUGGACAGGUCUUUAUACUUAAAACAUUUUUCACUGAAAAACUACCAGCACAAAAUAAACCCGUAGAAACAUCAACUUAG